ACAUUAGGGAACAUAAGUUAAUUAUAAUAAAUACAAAAUCCUGAAAUGCAGUCUGUAAGAGGCUGUCGAAUCAGUUGACUGGGAAUCAUUUGGAAGAGAACGUCGAACUCGUUGGAAGUCUGUGCAGUAUAGGCACUGGGUUCAAAGCCAGCUUCGAAAAUGAUUCGUUUCGGAUUUUUAAUUUUAACCCUUUCGGUGUGCUGGGAAUUCGUGUCUACUCAGAAGCCGUGUGACGGAGUUCUGGGACAGCAGUUCCGGCCGGAUCCGACGGAUUGCAGGGUAUAUUACCUCUGUGGACAGGGCAAGGACUGGAGACUACAAUGCGGCCCAAACAUGAUAUGGAACCAGGAAAAAGGCGCAUGCGUGUUUAGCACUCCGAAAGACACAUGCACACAAAAUAUCAAGAACCCCCUGCCUCCCAAACCUCCACAAGGUGAUCCAAAUGCCAGAUCGCCUGGAAGCAGACAUUACUCACCCUUCAGUGAGUCAACAUGGCGACCUAAAUGUAGGCCAGGGUCCACUAAAAGGUUUCCUCAUCCCACACGUUGUGCGCAGUACUACGACUGUGGGGCUGACCCUAAAGAGGACUGGUGGGGGAAACACCUCCGAGAAUGUCGUUAUCCCACAGUUUAUGACACCAAAACUGGAAGUUGUGAAUAUUAUACCACCGUAAACUGCGGGAAACGGAAGAUGCCUCUAGAUCCUUGUGAUUAUCUCUCGAACGCCUGCAGAAAUGCUCAUUGCGCACCAUGCCACAUCCGUUAUGCCACCUGUACUGGUCUUCCUGACGGGAUCAACGUUUGGCGUGGACGUGAGAAAACCCCUUUCUAUGUGGUCUGUCAGAAAGAACGAGUAGCCUUCCACGGCCGAUGUAUAAAUACGGAGCCCGGAAAACGACAAGUAUAUGACGGAGAGUAUCACACCUGCGGUCGACCCAUUGACUUUGAAAUGGGAAUGGUUCAUCACAUGCAUAGAGGAGAAAUAGGGAAAAGUCAGAUUGUUGAACAAAUUCACCAUGCUAAGAGGGUACAACAAUCUCAGCAAUUUAAGGCUCCACAACACUCAAAGUCUCCCUCUAAUCCAGUCCAGAAAAACAAACAAAACAACACCAAUAACAACGCUGGUAAAAAACAAACACAACAAGGAAAUAAAAAACACAUCAAUCAACCUAAGAAAAAUCAAACUCCACAGCAAAAUGUAAAGGUACAGAACGCAAACAAUAAUCAACCUCAAAAUCAGCCAAAUACCCCGAAGCCUCAUAUAAAUCAACCUCAGCAAAAAGCAGCUUCAUCUCAAAAGAAGGCAGUACAGAAGCAACCCAACUCGCAUGCUCCACAUGUCAACCAGCCGAAAAUUCCUCCACCACAAGGCAACACACAAUCUCCAAGUAAAAAUACCAUCCAUCCCAACCAAGCACAACCUCAGACUCCAGGACAAAGUGCUCGGCAUGCAAAUAAGCCGCAAACACAAGCUCCCGUCCAAAACUCACCUCCUUCACGACAGCAGUAUCAAUCUCCUCCGCAAAGCCAAAAACCUCCCCAGCAUCCUCCCAACACCUUUAAGCCGUCCAGUCAACCACAACAGCAUAACCCACCACAACGCCCACUUCAAAACCAUGCUCCUCCAAACAACCAGCAUCCUUCUCAGCAGUAUAGUCAUCCAAACCGCCAACACAAUUCUCCCCAACCUCCGCCUCAAAAUUACGGCCCACCCAACAGAUCGCCACAACCUCAGUAUCCACAGCAUCAGAGGCCCGGUUCUAAUAUUGCAACUCAACCACAUGUGAAUCAACCUCCAGCUUCAACCCAGCAACAAGGUCCCCCUUACAGCCAUCCUCCAAAUCAGAAUAAAGUACCAGCUCAAACUCCAACUUCUCUACAAACAUUUAUAGGUGAAAUGCAAAAUAAGUUUAUGAAUCAACAACCAAAUGUUCCCCAACCACAUGUAUACCCAAAUCAUCCAAAUCAGCCUCUACAUAAUGCCCCAUCUCAGCAUCCCUCUGCAAACAACCCGCCUGUGCCAUAUCAACAAACAGUGAGAGCUAAACCAGGUAGACGUCCGCAAAGAACACAUAACACCCCACCUGUUCAACCAGUCCAGCCCUUACCAAGACAGCCCGUGGUUCAUCAACGCGCUCCCGUGGUUCACCAACCCCUUCCCGUGGUUCACCAACCAGCUCCAACAAGACAAGUUUCGUAUCCACAUCCGAAUCAACAGAGGCAGCCGUCUUAUCCUCAAGCGCCUCAAGUUAAACCCCUUCCACCUGUACCACAAAGACCACCAACUGUUCCAAGAAACCCAAGACCUCCACAAAAUGUGCGACGGACUGUUCAAAAUCCAAAUAUACCGAGAACAAGUCCAUAUCAUAAUUCACAACCAUCGUAUCCAAUCCCUAACAAAAACCAUAGCCCACCUCAACCGACACCAACUCAAUCACGGGCAUAUCCCCAACCUCUUCCGAGAGCACGAAACCAUGGACCACAACCGGUUCAACGACCCAGAAUUGGUCCGUAUCCCAAACCCCAACUUUACAAUGAACCAUCUACUACUCGUCAGGCAAUAGGACGAAAAAAUCUGUCUCGCCGAAGGCAUCCCAAACCGACAAACCAGGUAGGUAGGGCGUUUAGAAAUGAGCCCUUUAGGAGAGAGGUGGUGGUUUCAGACGCAAAGCGCGAAAAAAUAGUGGAUAUUAAAUCCAGUCAUGUUCCUGCGCAGCAAAGCAUACAUUCUAAGCCUGAAAGGGCGAUGGAACGCUAUUCUAGUCACAUUCUUGGAUUAAAUGAAAUAUUUAAGUCAAAUGGAAAUCAGCAAAGCAAAUCAGAAAAGCAAACUGCUAAAAGAACUGAAGAAACAUUCCGACAUUUGAACUAUCACAAACAACAGAAAGAAAGCAAUCAAAAACAAAACAAAAAUCAACAACAACAACCUCAACAGCAAUCGCAUCAUCCAAACCAACCAAAUUAUCAGCAACAACAUCAGCAACAACAACAACAGAACACUGUUCGCCAACAGAUACAAAAUCACCAAAGUCAGCCAUCUCAAAAACUAACACCGCAAAACGUGCAGAAUCAGCAAGUGCAACAGCAACAUAGUCAAAAUUCUCCAAAUCAAUUUCAGCAACCUCAAAGCAACAACCACGGCUUUCAGUUGCAAGCGAGCCAACUCUCAAAUAUAGCGCAACAUCAGCAGUUUCAGCAACAGGCGAUGCGGCAGAUUAUGAGAGUUAAUCCAACACCGCAAUUUAUUAAUCCCCGAUUUCAAACACAUCAAAACGCAGUAGGUAACAGUCAUUACUUGCAGCCCCCGACGCCUACUGUACUAAGCAAUUAUUUCCCAGCAAGCACAGCGAGAACAGCGGUACUGAAUAGCAGAUUUACAAUUCAAAGCGGUUUAGCGGCAUCUCGUCUUAGUCAGAGCGGCGGCCCCAAGUUCUCCAAUAGCUUAUCAAAUCCAUCCCAGUUCGCAAUGCCUAAUGUGGUCUGAGCGCAUGCGCUAUAGUUUACUACGCCAUCAAUGCGGCAUGGGCGCUUCUUUUCAAAACUUGGAUCACUUUCUUUUACAGGGUACGAAAAAGAGAAGGGUGCCCCCAAGACGUGUUCCAAAGCGAAGGGUAUAAUUUGAAGAGUAUAGCAAAAUUGGGUGGGGCAACUGAAAUGACAACAGCUCUUCGAGAGUAUGAUGAUUAGAAUACAUAAAAUGUGUUUGAAAAUGUGGAGGCAUUCUUACUGUGUUGUGUUCUGUCCUUGUUACAUUGAAACCAGUAUUAAUUUAUUUAUUGACGUGUUUGGUUGUUGACUAUAAAGAUAUUGAUUUGUUAAUGCUAGACUUUGUACAUUUAUUGAGUUAAACUGUUCGAGAGCCUUUAAGAAAUGGUUGUGUCGCAUGAAUACAUCGUAUCUUGAAAAAAAACCCAAGGCAGGUGUGAACUCAAAUACAUGACUUAGUAGACACAAAAUGGUCUUUCAAUAUAUAAUAUAUUUAUAUUAAAACAUGUCUGGUACACAAAAGUCAUGAAUCGAAACUUCACAUCUUAAAAUUGUUUUAACACGAUGUUUCACUUUUCAAUAUGAUUUUGAAAGAUCUUUCUUUUUGUAAUAAUUAAUUGUAUGACAAUCGUUUUUAUGAUUCUCUUUGCUUUUAAAGGUGGAGAAGUAAUAAAUGGUCUUUGUAAGA